UUGAGCUUCGCUGCUGAAGGGGCUCCCCGUUAAUGCUCCCCUCCACCUCUUCACUCUGCUUUCUGCUCUCCGCCUGCUCGCUCCUCUGGUUACAACAGUACAGUACACACACUCGUAGUGGUAGCAGCCAACACAAGUGUGUGCAGUGUCUCCUCGCAGCCUCAGUUUCUGCUGUGGAUAAACUGGCCAUUUAUCAUCAAUCAUGGCCGCCGGAGUACAAAUUUAACUACCGUCUUUCCCUCCCUGUCGACAUUAGGGGAGGAUUGCUUUUUGUUUUGUUUUGUUUGGAAGAAGCAGAGAUAUUUGUUUCACACUGAUUUGGAUUUCCUCUUGGAAUUACAAUACAUCUCACAAGGGAAGCACCAUUCAUGUCAAUACUCCAAAAUGCAGCCACCGCCGAGGAAGGUCAAAGUGACACAGGAGCUAAAAAACACUCACACGGAGCAGAUGACGCGACUGCACUUUAAACAUCAGACUGAAUGUGACCUACUGGAAGACAUGAGGAGCUACAGUCUGAAAAAGGGACAACUGGAGCGAGAUUAUGCACAGGCUCUGCAGAAAUUAGCAAGUCAGUACCUCAAGAGAGACUGGCCUGGAAUCAGCCCCGAUGACCAGAGAACAGAUUAUAGGAAUGUUUAUGCAGUAUGGAGGGCCUACUUGGAGGGUACGGUUCAGGUAAGCCAGUCCAGGCUUAAUGUAUGUGACAACUACAAGAGUCAAGUAUCAGAGCCUGCAAAGACUGUUAGACUUUAUAAGGAGCAGCAACUAAAAAAGACCAUUGAUCAGUUGAGUGGCAUUCAAGUAGAGCUGCAGGAGUCAGUGAAGGAGUUGGCAAAAGCCAAGAAAAAGUACUACGACUGUGAACAGGUUGCCCACGCUGUACGAGAGAAGGCCGACAUAGAAGCCAAGUCUAAACUGGGUCUUUUUCAGUCAAGAAUUAGUUUACAGAAAGCAAGUGUAAAGUUGAAAGCAAAGAGAAGUGACUGCAACUCCAAGGCGACACAGGCCAGGAAUGACUAUUUGCUAACACUAGCUGCUGCCAAUGCUCACCAUGACCGCUACUACCACACAGAUCUACUGCACUGCAUACAGGCCUUGGAUGGGAGAAUCUAUGAGCAUGUGAAAGACUAUCUGGUAGUGCUGUGUCGCACUGAGCUAGAGGCCUCCCAAGCAACGCACAACACCUACCAGUUCCUCUUGGACAAAUCCACCAGGAUAAUACAAGAGUUCAAUCAGCAGUUGUUUAUGCAAGAGAAUCCUGUGUUUCACAAAGCACACGACUUCCAGUUCCAGCCCAGCGAAUGUGACACGACUCUGAGUUCGGUGCAGCAGCUGGUGGAUAUUGAACCGUCGCCCGUCAGUGCCAUGAGAAUGACCCUGGCACAGAGUCGUCAGCUGGAAUCAGAGUCGGGGACGACGGAGGAGCACAGUCUGAAUAAGGAGGCCAGGAAAUGGGCAACCAGAGUGGCCAGAGAGCACAAGAAUAUCAUCCACUGCAAGAGAUCAUUGGAAGAGUGUGAAAGUCAUGGCUUACCCCCCACUGAGCAGGGCAGACUAGAUCUGGAACUGAAGAUAGAAGACACCAAAGAAAUGAUGCGCAAAGCUGAGACAAUAAAGUUGAAAGCUGAAGCUCGCUUGGACCUUCUGCGGCAAGUGGGGGUUGCUGUGGAUACCUGGCUGAAGAGCGCCAUGAACCAGGUGAUGGAGGAGCUGGAGAAUGAACGUUGGGCCACUUACACUUCCCACGAUCCCUCACUGUCGGGCACAGUGGACUUGGAACGGGAAGAGGGGGAAGAGUGUGAAGAAAACAUGGAAGUGUUUGACGACAGCAGCUCCAGUCCUUCAGGAACCCUACGUAAUUACCCACUAACCUGCAAAGUGCUGUACUCAUACCAGGCCUCUCAGCCAGAUGAGUUAACUAUUGAUGAGCAGGAGAUGUUGGAAGUUAUCGAGGAUGGAGACAUGGAGGACUGGGUCAAGGCACGGAACAAGACAGGUCAAGUGGGUUAUGUCCCAGAGAAAUAUCUACAGUUCCCAACUUCCAACAGCUUGCUGAGUAUGCUCCAGUCUCUGGCCACACUGGACGCCCGUUCACACACCUCGUCUAAUUCAACUGAGCCAGAGCUGCACUCUGGAUGCAUCAAUGGAGAUACAAAUGCGGUGUUUGUCCGUGCACUUUAUGAUUAUGAGGGCCAGGCAGAUGAAGAGCUCUCCUUUUCCGAGGGAGCUGUGAUUCGCCUGUUGAGCCGUGACACUCAAACAGACGACGGCUUCUGGGAGGGGGAGCUGAACGGCCGGGUGGGUGUUUUCCCCUCUGUGCUGGUAGAAGAUCUCACUGAGAAUGGGGAGACGAGCGUGGGAGGGACAGGUGAUACACAGAUCUCUCCAUCUUUAAAGUUGCCAUCUUCUUUGCCGCCUCUUCCUCUGUACGACCAGCCUCCCAUCAGCCCUUUCACCAGCCCAGAGACUUCAACUCCCCCUCCUUUACCACGCUCACCUUCUGUCGCGCUAAACGGGGAGCAUAAGCUUCCUUUGCCAGCCUCCUCACACAAGGGACAGCUGUCCUCCCGCAAUCAGAACUCUAGUAGGAGUCCAGUGUCGCCGGGAUUUGUCCAGACUCAACCACUACGAUUCACUCCAGAAGGAGGCCCGGGCAAACUACGACCUGUGCGAGCUGCUCCUCCUCCCCCCAAACAGCAUCCCCGCCGGCAGCAGGAAAAGAGUGACAAGACAGAAGAGGUGGAGAUCACUCUGGUGUGACAGACAGACAAGUUGACAGGUGGUUAUAGGUGCACAGAAGAUGAAAACUGAUAAAAAGACAGGACCUACAGGCAGGGGAACUGAACUGCUCUAAACUGAAGCGAGCAUAAUAAAGCGGUGUGAAGUAAACCAAAUAGAAGCACGUCGACCCUUCCGGCCACUCCACAUCUUCUCUCCUCUUCAAGUUCAGGAGGAGAGCAGAGAGAUGGGAUAAUGGUGGAACAUCUAAUUAAUUAAUCUCUGUAUUAGCUUCCUAAUGAAGUGCAGCAGUAGCCGUCCCCACCUCCCUCUUCACCCUGCCCUUCCACUCUGGCCUUAAAACCUCACCUCAUUGGCAGCAAACCAGAGCGUGGUGAAGAUGAGGAAGAAUGUUUUGAGAGGGGGACUGUGAGGAACAUUUAGUGAUGGAUUUGGCAAGUUUUCUUUUGUCUUCUUAAGCUUAAUACAACAUAAGACAGUUCAUCUCUUCUGCUACAUCUCACUUUAGUCUCCCACUUUUCAACAGUUAUUCGCGAGGCAGAAGGAAAGUGUUGGAUCCCCAAACUGACAAAAUACAGUGAAAGGCUUCUCAGAUAAGUCACAAAUGCAAGCUCACAUGUGGGGUUCACCAUCAAGGCUCCUCAGCUAGCAUACACCCACUCUAAUUCACAUUUACCAGGCAAGCUUUGGGCAUUUUAACCAGAGAAAAUCUCCCUUCACAAAAUGUUGUGAUGCUAUUGUGAGUGGACGUGUAAUAGUAGCAAAGAUAAACACAAACAAAACGGAGUAGAAGCAUGUUGCAAUCAAGUUGCAGGUUUGUUAUGGCCGUAUGCCAGACUGGAGUGGGGAAACUGUUUGGAAAUGACUUGCUUUGCUAUGGGGAAUUGGAGUCCUUGAAUAGAGCUAACAGGGAACAAGAACUAAACUGAUAUACAAUUUCCUAUUUCUGAAGAUUCUGGGGAUUACUUUAAAACAUUCUUUGUGUCUUUUUGGCUUUUGCUAACAUCUCUAGUAAAUUGGCUUUUAUGAAACAGAUCUGUGAGCAAAAUAUCUGCUUACAUGAGGGGCACAAACUCAGCCUGUUGCAGGCCAGAACCAAUGAUGGAUGAGUGAAAAUAAAAGGGAAUAGAUAAAUGGUUACAUGCUGUAAAAACAAGAGCUAGGCAAAGAAAGAAAAUUCUAAUCAUUUAGUUUUCAACUCAUUUGAUACCUUUGGCUCUAUUUUGUCAGUGUUGUGGCUCCAUAAAAAGUAGGAUUAAUCAAAGGAAAUACAUGAAAAACUUGCCAAGUGUGUCUUGUUUUGCAGUGCAGUCGGGGUUUAAGCAAAUGGACAGAGAAACUUGGUGGUGUGUGUGGACACAAUGUCCCCCUCCCCAGCCCUUCCCUCACCAUAUAUGAUCAUUAUCAUACGUAUUUAAUGUGUAUUAGUACAGUACAUUACUGUUGUCAUAGGAAUGUUUAUGCACACCGUUUCAUAUAGACUAAUUCAGCCGAAUGAAAUACCCUGUCUGAUAUGUAGUGGAAGUUUUAUCUUUGUAUUUUACUGAAAGGGCAUUGUAAAUACAGCAGGAAGGAGAGAUGAAAGGAGAGAAGGGGAUGUAAGGAUGGAAGAAAAGCUAGAGCCAAAGGAGGCUGGAUCCUUCCCUCUGCUCUUGUUUUCACCUUUCUACCAUCCCUCCUUUAUGUCUCUCU